AUGAGGCUCACAGCCUCCCCUCCCUCCCCUCGUUGGCAGUGGAUAUGUGGGACAUUGCUUGACCAUCCAUUGAGCAGCUUGUCUGUCCUCUUCGUGUUUUGGAAGCUCCUGUUGUUGCUGGCGGUUGUCGCCAGCCCAGGACCUGGAUACGAUACAUCUACUACUCUUCUUCCGUCCACUGUAUCAGUGAGCGCCACAGACUCAUCAUUAUUGGGAGUUGGAACAGUAAUUGGCGGCGGGAGUGGGUGGUCAUCAUCCUUGCUAAAGCUUGUGAGAUGGGACGCGAUUUACUUCGUGAGCAUCGCCCAGCGCGGUUAUAUAUUUGAGCAGGAAUGGGCGUUUGGAUACGGCUACACGAAAUUGCUGUCGUUUUUAUCAUCCGGUGAGAGUUUUCUUGUCUUCUGGAGAGUUCCGGAUUCGAAUCCUGAUACUUUCCAUGUAGCACUGGCUGGUAUUGGACUCUCGCAUACCUGUCAUUACUUAUCUGUCCUAUCGCUCUACGGAUUAUCGAGAACCGUCUUCGGUGAUGGCAGUAGCCGUGCGCUGCCCCUCCUAGCCGCAGCACUUCAUGUCAUCUCACCUGCUGGUGCAUUUCUCUCAGCGCCCUAUGGCGAGCCUGUAUUCUCGUUUCUCAAUUUUACAGGCUUUUACGCAUAUGCAUCUGCGCUACAUGAUGAUCGUCGUGGAUGUGUGUUCGCAAGAGAUGUAAAAUUUCUAGUGGCAGGAGGGCUGUUUGCUACCGUCACUACUGUCCGUAGCAAUGGUGUCUUGAGCGGCAUGUUGUUUGCGUAUGAUGCGGUGGUGGGAUUGGCAGCCAUUGUUUCAAGUGGAGUAUCGCUAUCCAAACUCCACAGGAUGUUCUUUGUUGUUCUUGGCGGGAGUUUGAUUCUUCUGGGAGUUGUUGGGCCCCAGUACCGUGCCUUCAUGGUCUACUGCCGGAAUGUGGACGUGCGUAGGAUUUGGUGUGAUAAUACAAUCCCCAGCGUUUACACCUUUGUCCAGAAUCAUUACUGGGGAAGUGGGACUUUCCUAAGCUACUGGAAAGUAUCUAACCUGCCUCUUUUCUGUCUCGCAGCUCCUAUGCUCGUGAUAAUGGGUGUUUCAUCUUGGUGGCCGUUCCAGUCGCCCUUGGAUUUCGAUAUACGAAACAAGGAGCCAAGGAAACGAGAAGAAGAAGUAUCGCAAGCGGAGCAUCGACGUACAUGCCUUUACAGACUGGCAAUUCCCCAGGCGGUUCUCGCAGCCCUCGCGCUAACGAACUCUCAUGUCCAGAUAAUCAACCGCAUAUCUUCUGGAUAUCCGUUGUGGUACUGGUAUAUAGCGCAAGUUAGAACUUUCCAACUGAGCUUCGGACAACUUGUAGCUCCCAAGUCAAAUGAGCUUGGGUAUCUGCUGCACCAGAGACAAACUGGUCUCUAUAGUAUCCCGUCGACGUCAUCCCGCCCUUCCUCGCCAUUCGCAAUCUUCACUUUUAACGCCAACAUGGAUUCCAGAGAACAACUUCCAGAUAUUUUAGUUGCGGACCACGGCCAUAGCGAAAACGAGCUUUCGCGGGAAACGUCCCCAGGAGGCGAACCUACUAGAAUCAAUGGGGGUUUACUUGAUGAUCACUUCAAAAAGGCACGGAAUAGACCAAGGACAUAUCCAUAUUUCAAAUACCUGCCCUAUACCGUCGAGGAUGAGAGUGAGCGACAACGCAGCCUGGAGGAAAUCCUCGAACACCUCUAUAUCGCCGUCGAAUCUGGAGAUUUCAAUCCAGGAGCUGUACACUGGACACGUGAAUUGAAAGGAUGGCUGUCGUUGAAGUUUGACCCGACGAGGGAGCAGAGGAUAAAAUUGGUGAAAUUUUAUUAUGAACUUGCUCUAGCUCCGGGAGUCGACCCGAAUGUCGCGGAGAGAUUCGCCAGCAUGUUUAUGCUUUUAACGAAGAGAAAACAUUACCUUCGACCGGUCAAGGACCUCAUACUUGACUGGAAACCGCUAUACAGAGAAAUUAAGAUAUUCGUUCUUCCUUCACAAUCUGGUUUGGUUCACUCCACGAAUUUGAAGAGGAAUAUCAAGACCUUAACGAAACUUUGUGCUUUUGCUCAACCUUAUUUCGACCCUUUGGAGUUGCCGGUGAUGCUGGAGGAAUUUCUACCUCAUUUCAGCACUUCAUUUAUUGAAGGGGCAUUCGUCGUUAUCGGGUUGAUGAACUUGUUCUUGCCGACGACUCCACCACUGGAAGACCGUGAAGACCUUCUCCCACAGCACUAUCUUCCAACUUAUUUCCACCUUUGGCCCCUGGUGAACCGAUCUAGAACAUUUGAUGUUACCUUCACAGAUCUCUUAUCGAGGAUGGCACGAGACGCACUCCCGGCCAGCUAUAUUCCAUUCUCCGAGUUUGGAAUCUUUACCUCCGAGCAAACCACACUCAUAUUUACUGCAAUUCUGAGGUUAAUGGAAAUUCCCGUUGGACAAGCGACCUCACCUUACAGCAGUGGUGUUGACUCUUUAUCAGGCCUAGGAUUAAUGCUUGAAAGGGAUUUCCGAAAACACCCAUUUACUCAUAAUAUUGCGCGAUGGAUAGUGAUGUCACUUUCGCCUGCAUGCCUUGAAACCGAACAUUCUAUAUUAUCCAAGCUUGAAGGUUUGAUAGAAGCAGUGGAAACUUUCUUCCACCCUUCUAAUACUGGCGUAUGGUCAAAGGCGUUGUCACAACUCGUUUACUACCUCGCAGACUUCUUUGUGAUGCGGUGGAACAUGGAGCAUGACAAGGAAAACGAGGUCCCACCCGAGCGGAGAUUAAACGAUGCAUUGAAACGGCGUUUUGUCCUGUGUCUUCGGGAGGUAACAUUUAUGGGGAUAUAUUCGAAGCUCGGAGUCGCAAUGAACUUUGCGCUGUCCACUCUUCAAAGCUUAGCAUACCUGGAACCGAAGCUUAUUUUGCCUGGAGCCCUUCAAAGAAUUUAUCCCUCACUACAGGGUUUGGUAGAAGUCCAUAGGACAACUUCCUCUCUUCGAUCUCUGCAGGUUUUAUCCCGGCUGAUGGCGCGAACCAAGGGGUUCCGUUGCCAUAUUACCACGCUGUUGGGAUUAGUCUUACCGGGCAUUGAUGCCAACGACUUAGAAAAAUCCUUACAUUCGUUGGCUUUCAUACAGUCGGUCUGCUACAAUAUCCCUUUUGAAGACCUUACUCGGGAUCGUGACGAUGUGAACGGAAAUAUGUUGGCUGUUCAGUGGAUAACUGGGGAGCUCGAAAGAAUGGAAAAUGAGGGAGCGUCUAUUGAGAUGAACUAUGACACAGAACUCACUGAUCAAGAGGAAGAAAUGAUCUUGCGGUCAUCAACAACUCAAUUUGGAGAAUUCUUAUUAUCUUUUCUUGGCAGAGUAUUCACUCUUCUCGAAAACCUCCCGGACGCUGCUCGGGUUCGCAGCGGCUCUCCCGAGGAGAACGUCGUUAAUACAUUACCUGCGACGCUUAUGCCUCUACUCGCAUCCCUUUCACCAGAACUAUAUGACCAAGCUUUAAUCAAAAUCGUAAAUUUUGUUUCUGGUCAUGUUAUCCAUCCAGCCCGAGAUGCAAUGGCAUUUAUUUGCAAUGCCGUUUGUAAAGUCAACCCUGAAAAGGCUCUGAAGAGUCUUGUUCCACUCCUAAUACAAUCUAUACGUACCGAGAUAGAUGAAAAUGGCGCGGCUUCCACAAGGACCACAGGCUCAGAUAUCUUGCCUCGCGAUCGCGGACUCGUCUGGAAUGUUAGCAUGCUGAGCAUGUGUGUCGUUCAUGUGGGGUCUGCUGUUUUAAAAUACAGAACAGAUCUUUUCGACAUUGCCAUCUACAUGCAACAAAAAUGCAAGGGCAUCCCAACUGUCCAUGUUUCGAAUUUUAUCCACCAUUUGCUUCUGAACCUUACGGCGACGUAUGUUAUUGACCACUCUCUGUAUGAGCCGGAUGUCAAGGAAAAAGGUAUUCAAGUAGAACAAUGGGGUCAGAGGCAUGACCCAAACCAUCUAACCAUCAAAUGGCAUGUCCCACAACGAGAAGAACUUGAAUUUGCAGUCGAGCUCUUCAAGUCACAGGCAGAGAACGCUCUGGAUCAACUUACAUCCCUUACAAGCGAGACACCAAGUAUAAACCGAGACGGAAGCGGCAAGGAAUGGUCCGAUGAAGUGACACGAAAGCUUGUUUUACUCAGACUCAUCAUUUCUGGAAUUUCUAUGUUGUUUGAUAACAAGGCAGCUUCAUACUACAACACUGGGGAUAGACGUUCCCAUGCAGAUCUUGACGUCAAAAUGUCCAAUGCGAACGACCCAUGUUCUGACGAAGGAAGUUCUGAAGACGAUUCUGCACUAGACGGCUCCGACGAUUCUGCUGUGCGACAAACAUUCCAAUAUCCUACUGGAUACCUAUUGAAAGAAGACGACCCUCUCUAUAUCUCCAUCCAUGAAAUUAGACGCCGGGUUGGUGAAGUAUUACAUAACGUUCACAGGUUUUUGGUGGAAAAGCAGGAAGAUGAUGUUUCAUGCUUCCCUCCUUUGUAUACCGCCUAUCGUUCAUGGUUCGUCGACGUUGGAAUAGAAAAAUCCGCCCAUAUUCUCGACCGAGUUACCAAACUCCUUGCGGCUGACACCCAGCCAUAUAAAGUAAGCGGCGUUCGUAAAGAUUAUCCUCGGCCUUUACUUGUUCGUCGUGCAAAUGUUUAUCACGUGCAAAGACUCCGACACAAUGCCUCCCCUCGACCUCGAUCUAAGCUUGAUGAAACCCUUCUACUUGAUCUCGCUGAGUCGAGUGUCUCGCUGUACACUGAUAUAAGGCGAAGUGCCCAAGGAGCCAGCGAAUCUGCUCUCAAGGCGAUUUGGGGAUCAAGACUACUUAUUAUUCCGACGUUGAUCAAAGCACUACAAACAGCAAUCAAGACAAACGAUUACCCCCGUUUAAAAGGUGCCAUAUACUCUAUCCUUUUCAGCAGCAUCGCAAAACCCGUGGGCCGGCAUUGGAAAUACGCGCCGUCUCUCAUUAAGGCAUUUAUAGAAGCCAACGCCGUUGAUAGGCCCUCGAUUCAAAAACUGUGUUCCGGGGCUGUCUAUCAGAUUAUGGAUUAUGGACGCCCAAUGGAGAGGAUGGCGGUACUUGACCAGGACAUUAUAAAGUCUAUCGCCCCAAAGAGUGAUGUGCAGGCUAUAAUUGAUAAUAAACGGGAAGCUCUUCAAAAAAAGCGAGCUUUGAUAGAACAGAAGAAGGCUGAGCUUUCAGAAGAGCUGACCGAUUUGGCACGGGUAUCCCACUGGAAAAUGGCCAGCAGGACUGCAGCGAUCGUCAUUGGCUUGGGUCUGAGAUUUGAUUAUGUCGCAAGCGAGAAUUUGGUAAACCUCAUCAUACAAGGAUCCAUCGAUUCUCACCCGAGCCUGAGAGGGAUAUACUCCCAAACCCUUGUUGCUCUGUUUACCAUGGUAGAUGUGAGGGCAGUCUGCAGUCAUAAAUAUGAAAACUACAUCAUGGGUGUUCAACGUUUUCCUUCCAAAAUCCAAGUCGCCACACAACCAUACAAAAAGGGUUGGACUGAGGAGUACCUUGCAAGUUUCGCCAGGCCGGAGGCGGAAUACUAUGUCGACCACGAUUAUCCUGGCUGGCUUGUUUGGGGAAAGACCAUGCCAGCAUAUAAAUCUAACAUCAAGCAGGAUAUCGAGUACGAUGAGCUUGAAUGGAAUGUUCGCAAACAAAUGGGAAAGCUAUGUACUCGGGAAUGGUUUGCCGCAUUCUUCAAAUAUUUGAAGCAGGAGCCAAGGGAUGUCUACGCGGAUAAAUUUCGCAUGUCAAGCGCCAUGACGCUACUUUAUGUUUUCGAGCUCAUGCUUAGAGAUGAGCUGACAGCCGCCACGUUUGAAGACAUCAAAGAAGAGAUUGCUGUUGUUUUUGAAGAUGGGAGUGAUAAACAUCAACACCGUGCAACCGCGGAAAUACUGGGCGCGCUUAUCGGCUCGGUGACAGAUACGAGCGUUGACAAACGAACCCUAGUAUGGGAAUACGCAUUUCCCAUUGUUCGCCGGAUAUUCUCAGAUGGCCUUACCCCAGAAAACUCUGGAUAUUGGACAACGUUCGUGCAUAUGAUAAUGCAAUGCAGGGACCCACGUCGCCUCUGGCCUCUCCUUGAUUGGUUAACCAGCUUCCGACUAGAUAUGAACUCGAAUGCAGCGUUUAAAGAAAGCUCGAAAAUCAACUUAUUGCACCAAUGCAUCCUGGACGUCGGUUGGCACUUUCAGUUAGAAAAGCCGAUUGUUGCAGACUUUCUUGCUCACCUUGAUCAUCCUUACAAAGGAGUCCGUGAAGCCAUAGGCCACACUCUAGGGUCGAUUUACCGUACUAGGUAUCACGAGUCAUAUGAAAAUAUACAACAAUUGAUUCAGGCACAAAAAGAAGCCUCUUCUAUUGGCACGCGUCCCUACAAGCCAAGCAAGGAAUUUGCAGAUACCAUAGUCGAUGUGUUCAGCCGGCUGGAAAGGUGGCGCGGAGAAAGAGUUCCUGGUCAACAAACACCAUCCUCAUACACUUCGGGGAGCAAAACCGUUCUUCUCUGGCUAGACUCCACACUGUCGUCACAUGAAUGCACUCAGCUUCUACAAUUCUUUCCAGGUACUUUUACAGAGGAGCUUUUGCAUAUGAUGGAUGUCAAAGAGGACCAGGAACUACAAAGACUCGCCUACCACGUCUUCCGUCACCUUUCGAAUAUUCCCCAUCCUGCUGGAGAUGACUCCGAGUUUGUGGAAUCUUUGAUUCGUAUUGGGCUUACGUCUUCUUCGUGGCAUCAACGACUUCGCGUCAUGAUCAACAUCCAAAUUAUGUAUUUCCGCCGUCUUUUCUUGCUGUCCAAAAUUGAUCGUGAGAAGCUAUUCGAUUGCAUCGCCUGUAUGCUCGAGGAUACCCAACCUGAAGUCCGGGCUGGAGCUUCUGCAACGCUCUCUGGCAUGAUCCGCUGCUCUCCUGCGUCAUUACGUAACGAUAUGGUUCUCAAAUUACGCGACAGGUUCACAAAAGCGCUUACUGACAAUCCACUCCCGAAGAAAUCUCGUCGUCAUGGUUCCGGUGUGUCCUCAGGUGUUUCCACAGGCGCCAGCACUCCAAACCCUGAGCAUACCCGACUUGUUCUCACAAGACAUGCUGCAGUCCUUGGAUUAGGUGCCCUCAUACAGGCUUUCCCCUACACUAGCCCUCCGCCACAGUGGAUGCCCGACGUUUUAAUCACACUGAGCCACAAAGCCGCAGGUGAUCCAGGCAUUGUGGGGCAAAGCGUGAAGUCCAUAAUUAGUGAUUUCAAGAAAACAAGACAAGACACCUGGCAUAUCGAUGUCAAGGCUUUUAAACCGGACCAAGUUGAAGACCUCGCAGGGGUUCUAUGGAAGAGCUAUUUCGCGUAGGCUAUACCAUACAGAGCUCUCCUAAAUCCUUUCUCAUUAAUUGCCAAUCUGGCUCUGUCUCUUAUGCCGUAUAAAAAUAUUGGACACUUGGACACUUUAUUUCAUCCCUCCCUCGCACGGUUUGGCGUUUGAGAAUUGAUAAAUGGAACUACGCUUGUAGCCGGUCAGGAAUCAGGGUUCGCUGGGGUUUUAUCAUUCCGAUAUGCUUCUAUGCAUGCACUUAUAGCUUGCAUUCAAAAUUUCCCUUGGGUAUCUUAUCUUCCUGCACUAGACCUAUACAUCAUCCUUAAUCUCG